GACCGAUCCGUGCCACGAGCCGAUUCGAGCUCGUCAAAUGGGCAGUAAACCCGUCAAUGCCUACAUUUUCCAUCGUACUUCGGAAAAAGCUGGUGGCGACUGGCGAGCGAUUUCUUUGAUGCAUCUAUUAGGUUUUGGUCGGAUCUAGACUUUGAUGGAAAUGGAAGGAGCAAUCUCGUCAGGAUCCGGCGGCGCAGCUCAGCCCACCUUGUUACCCUCCAGGCGUUCAAAAGUCUUUUAUAGAUUUACUCAACAGAACCUGCCAGCCUGUAAACCUGCUUUGACUCCAACAUUGGUAAUAACUAUAUUUCUAUUGGCGGGCAUUACUUUUGUUCCAGUUGGAAUUAUAUGCCUUCGUGCUUCAGAAAGUGUGGAAGAACAUGUAUUGCGAUAUGACACCGAAUGUAUACCUGAAGAUUAUAGAAGCAAUAGAGUAGCCUACAUAAAAGAUGACUCAAUUUCUAAGAAGUGUACAUUAAAGAUAAAGCUACGAAAUCAAAUGAAAGCACCAAUAUAUGUCUAUUAUGAACUAGAUAACUAUUAUCAGAACCAUCGAAGGUACGUAAAGAGUAGAAGUGAUAAGCAGCUUCUUUAUGGUUUGCAGUACAAAGAUAUUAGUUCUUGCAAACCUGUAGAGUCGAGCAAUAGUCUCCCUGUUGUACCUUGUGGGCUAAUUGCAUGGAGCUUGUUUAAUGAUACAUUCACAUUUGAUGUUAAGGCUGGAAAGUUAAAUAUCAACAGGAGGAAUAUUUCUUGGAAGAGUGACAGAGAUCACAAAUUUGGCAAUGACGUAUACCCUUUUAAUUUCCAGAAUGAUACAUUAAUUGGCGGAGGAAAACUCAAUCAAAGCAUUCCUCUGAGUGAACAGGAGGACCUCAUUGUUUGGAUGCGUGUAGCUGCACUACCCAACUUUCGAAAACUUUAUGGUGUGAUUGAGGAGGAUCUAGAUGCUGAUGAGCUUUUAACGAUUCAUCUUUCUAACAACUACAAUACUUACAGUUUUGGUGGGAAGAAAAAACUAGUUCUGACGACUUCGAACUGGCUGGGAGGCAACAAUAAUUUUCUUGGAUUAUCCUACAUUGCCACAGGCUGUUGCAGCAUUUUAGUUGCCAUUAUUUUUGCCUUAAUUCAUGUGAAAUUCCCAAGGCCUCAUCGCGAUGCAUCAUACUUACAGUGGAAUAGGAAAAGCAGUGCCACUGCCAGGUGAACACAUCAUGAGUGGUGCAUGGUGUUACCCUCUUAUGGUUGGCCUCAGUGCAGACAUGUUUGCGAUGGUUUCCCUGAAAUGAUUAUUGAUGGAGAGAUUUCAAUUUCACGGCUUUCAUCUAGCUCUUUUCAGGAUGACUAUUAACCCACCUCAUUUUUUUGUAAGUAUAUUUUACUGGAUGAUGUAACUUUUCAUGAUAAAUAAGAGGGUUUUGAGUUGAUUUGUUCGUCUA